GGCUCAAAUUAAACCCACAAUUAAAUUCUUUUACAAGUUACAACAAAUAAUAUACGAAGCAAAUUAAUAUGAGGACUAAAACCGAGCGUGCAAUAACUGCAACGCCGCUGUUAGCGGCUGAAGGCGGCGGAGGAGAUGGCGGCGGAGCGAGAUGGUUGGCAAAAGUGGUGGAUGUGAAGGAGGCAAAAGAUCAAAUAUUAUUUUCACUUCCAAUGAUAUUAACCAAUGUGUUUUAUUAUCUAAUUCCGAUUACUUCGGUUAUGUUUGCUGGUCAUAUUGGUCAACUUCAACUUGCUGGUUCUACACUUGCUAAUUCUUGGGCUACUGUUACUUGUUUUGCUUUCAUGAUUGGACUAAGUGGUGCAUUGGAGACAUUAUGUGGUCAAGGAUUUGGAGCAAAACUGUAUGAAAUGCUAGGGAUUUAUCUUCAAGCAUCAUGUAUCGUUUCAAUCUUUUUCUCCAUACUUAUAUCCAUACUAUGGUGGUUUACCGAACCCAUUUUAAUUUUCCUCUAUCAAAGCCCUGAAAUUUCGAGAGAAGCAGCAGUCUACAUGAGAUUUCUUAUACCAGGAAUAUUCGCGUAUGGUAUUCUGCAAAACAUUUUAAGAUUCCUUCAGACACAAUCUGUGGUUUUACCCUUGAUUGUAUUCUCACUUGUGCCAUUGAUCUUGCAUUGUGGCCUUAGCUAUUGGUUUGUUUAUUGCACGUCCCUUGGUUAUAAGGGAGCGCCAUUGGCUACCUCUAUGUCAUUUUGGUUAUCGGUUUUGAUUAUGCUGAUGUAUGUGAGCUGUGCUAAAAAGUUUGAGCAUACUUGGAGAGGGUUAUCGAAAGAAUCAUUUUGCUAUGUCUUGGCCAACUUGAAAUUGGCAUUGCCUUCUGCUGCUAUGGUUUGUUUAGAGUAUUGGGCGUUUGAGAUUUUGGUGUUCUUGGCUGGCGUUAUGCCAAAUUCUGAAGCAACGACUUCUCUCAUUGCAAUAUGUGUUAAUACAGAAGCAAUUGCUUACAUGUUUGCUUAUGGACUGAGUGCUGCAGGAAGCACAAGAGUUUCAAAUGAGCUUGGAGCAGGCAACGCGAAUGAAGCAAAGCAUGCAAUGCGAGUUACAUUGAAGCUGUCAGUUCUCCUAGCCAGCCUUGUUAUUCUUGGUCUAGCCUUGGGACAUAACAUUUGGGCAGGCUUCUUCAGUGGCAGCACUUUUAUAAUUAAAGCAUAUGCUACCAUGACUCCUCUAGUUUGCAUUUCAAUAUUCUUUGAUUUUAUUCAAGGCGUAUUAUCAGGGGUAUGCAGGGGAUGUGGUUUUCAGCACUUGGCUAUGUUCAUAAAUUUGGGAACAUUUUAUCUUAUUGGAAUGCCCAUUGCAUGCUUACUUGCCUUCCAGUUUGAUUUUAAUGUCAAGGGUCUUUGGAUCGGUUUGAUAUGUGGCCUCUUUGCACAAUCUAGUUCACUUUAUCUGAUUACUCGACUCAAGAAAUGGACAACGCUUGAGCUCUCUCCUGACAACAAUGGAAAUGCAGUUCUAGUCUAACCAUUAUAGGUAUGGUAGGAACAUUAUGGUAUUAAAUAGAUGCUCUCACAAUUGUAGUAAAAUUAUGGGGAUAAGUUUAAUGCAGAGUUUUGCUCCAAGUUUUUGUAUUGAAUUUUGAAGUCUGAUGAAUCAGUUAUACAAGGGUUCUUGGAAAUUUUUUAUCAAAAUAAAAGGAUUCUUGGAAAGAUUGA